AGCACUGUUCUCCAGGGACUGACUGCCAGUGUUGAGUGAGAAGAGGAUAACAUGGGACGGAGACACUGGGUCAGGACCACCAAAUGCCAGCUGCUAGUAACCAGCCUCUUUGUCAUGCUGCUGGGGUUGGCAGUCACCAUACUGACCAUUAUCACCCGCUAUGGGGCUCACUUCAGCAUAAUCAGUGGUGUCUCCUCUGAGGCUAACCCCUAUAGAAUCUUCCACAACGUAGCGUUCUACAGCGGGAUAUGUCUGAGCAUGAUUCUGGUCCUCGCAGCCCUGCUGAGUACUGUUGCCACAGUGAGAGAAUCGGUGUGCCUCAUGGCAAUGGGAUUCUUCUGUUUUGCCAUUGUUUUCUGUGCACUGAUACAGGCUGCAUUCUGGAGAUACACCAACAACAGUGAGGUAGAAGAUGCCAUGAUGGAUGUGUAUGAUUCUGUGUACGAGGAAGUGAGGAGGAACUUGUCCAGCUUCAGGAGGCAGGAACUAGCUACCAUCCAUGAAACAUUUCUGUGCUGUGGAAAGCAGUCACCCUUUGGAGAAACAGGAGGCAUUGAAAAUGAGACAUGUCCAUCAGAACAUAUGGGCACAGCCAGAGAGGAUUGCCUCCAAGAGAUCCAAGACUUCCUAAAAAAACAUAUGGACUUCGUCUUUGCGCUACUGAUCAUCACAAUCUGCUUCAUGGUUUAUGGGAUGAUUUUAACUUCAUUCCUCUGGUUCUCCAUCCACUUCAGCAACAAUCUGGACCGGAAAGGCAAAUACAUUUUCAGAGAGACCUAGAAAACAGUCGCCCAGCUUCCCCACCAGAGCAAGGAUUUCCAACCCUUGAAUUGGGGAAACCAUCGGAAAGUUCUCCACAGAGUUCCCUGAGAAGCUGUGGCUAGGUGACUGGAGCUGGGCCUUGGUACCUUCAUGUUUCUCUUUACUGCAUUACCUGCCUCCUCUGCAUUGUCAGCUGACUAGUGGGAAUGUUCAUUGGGCAGCACAGGAGAGAAAGAUGUGACAUUUUCUGUAAAGACAGACAGGAACAACUGGGGAAUCAGGGCCAUGUAGAGACACAGAUAGGCAUCUUUAGCAUUGGUGUGAGAUGUGGAUGGUAGCAAGGAACCAGACAGCCGCUCACCCAGAAAACCAUCCAACCCAGCUAGCCAAAACCAAACCCUGAUCUAAUCACUUCUGUGAGUGCCUGAAAACAGACCGCUUAAAACCCCGUCAGUGUGCCAAGUCAUACAAAGAAACUAAAAUACCAGCAAGAAAAAAAAAAGAAGUCCAGUUAAUACCCCUCAGCCAGGAGAAUGUCCUCUCAGCUAUAGCCAGAACAAAUGCAUCAUGCCAAUCAAUCAUGCCACAAUUCAUGGCAAAACAACCACUUACAUUCAACACACACACACACACACACACACACA